GCCCAGACGGCAGUGCUGCUCGAAUUUCCGACGAGGUUAGACGUGUUGCGCGUUAACCCCGACCCGACUCGCGUGUGUACGAUCAGUGAAUGUUUAAAAAAAAAACGUUUCUAAACCACAUUCUUUUAUUUUACGUAUAGUGAAGUUUAUAAAUUAUGUGUGCUCAGUGAUGUGAUUUCGUUUUGUUUUGGGAAUAUCUCGGAGACGAAGAUCUUUGUGUGGUAUACGAAGCAGGGCGUGAUUUUAGUAGAGCGCUAAGAAGAUGUGGUCGAAUAGGAAAUGCGAAACCGGUACAGCUGGUACUCCUACAGCAGAAGAAGAGAUCAAAGUAGUCCUUGUAGGGGAUACUCAGUGUGGGAAGACGUCGCUGGUCCAAAGAUUUGUGUCCGAUACAUUUAUUGAGGCUUACACUCCGACCGGCUUCGAGAAGUACAGCUACACAUGCUCAGUGGCCGAUUACAAAGUAAACUUUUCAAUCUGGGAUACGUCCGGAACGACGUCCUACGACACGGUCAGACCUUUAGCGUACCAAGACGCGAAGCUGUUUAUGCUGUGCUUCAACGUAGCCGAACCUGAGACCUUACACAACGCCGCAGCCAAAUGGUACAAGGAGGUGAGGACCCACGGUGGGUCAGCGCCUGUGGUUCUGUGCGGAUGUAAAGCGGACCUGAGACACGACAAGGAAACGCUCACAGUUCUGUCCAAACUAAAAACACAUCCGGUCACCAGCGAAGAGGCUCUAUCAGUGGCAAGACAGAUUGGAGCGACAACGUACGUGGAAACAUCCGCCAGGGCUUCCGCUAAAGGGGUCAAAGACGCCUUCGAAGUAGCGGCCCUAGCAGCCCUCGGCAAGCUCAACAAACAACAAAUGAAGCAACAGCAGAAGCAAGUGGGACGCAGCAAAAGCAAACGUGACCUCAAAGCCGAGCUCAAGGGCAGAGCGAAGAGCUGCUGUGUGAUGUGAUCUGCCGCCGGCCACCCCUCCCGGUGGCCGCACGACUGCUAGACCACAACCCCCAGCAUCUGCCGCGCAAACUGCGCCAUCUUAACUCAAGCUGGGGUACAAUUCGACGUCGAAGAUCUAUAAAGUCGAAACCCGUCGCAAUAACCAACAGUCUUGUUUAAGUGAAAACAAGAACUGGUCUUCCAAGAUACCUUCGAACGGUCACAGAAAAAAUGACUUUACCCAUCAUUGCCCGACAAUGGUUCGGUGUUAAAAUGUGUUGCCGACUCUAUAUUAUGGAAGCAAAAGAACUGUUGUAUUUUAACUAAACAAAUAUAUUAUAGUGUAUUAACUAAAAGUAUGUAAAGUGAUAAAAUAAAGAAAUAUUUACGUAAAAUUAUAUUGUUUUGAAUUCGUUGUGAGCGUUGGAAAGUUUCAUAUUAAUUUGGAUAGUUUAAUGUUUUUUUUUUUUUUUUGGUAAGAUGCAGUGUAUCAAUGACCCCAGGGUUGGAUCGUGAAGCCUGUGAUAAUAAGAAAAAUAUAGAAUCGGAUGGUGACGAACUAAUGAAUCGUCUUAGAUAGGUAUCGUGGGGUGAAUAUAUUUACAGUUUCACAUAAAAUUCAAUGUAACGUGAAACAAAUUGAUAUAAAUACUUAUGUAUAGUUUAUGACUUAAAUGUAAUAAUUAAUUUGGAAGUUAUACAUAUGGACGCAAAUUCUCAUCUAAUUAAUAAACAAAAUUAAAAAGUAAACCCUAUUCUCCUAUUAUUUUGUCUUAUUAAUAACUUUUGUCUGACGAAUCUAAAUUAACUAGGACUCGUCUACGUGUCAAAAGGCUUAAUACAAUAAAGAGCCAACGGCAUUUUAACCUUUUGACCGCUAAACUUGAAGACGCCCACGUCUGCUGUGUAGGAUCUAAGGAAGCGGUUACCGAAAAAAAUACUUUUUGGUCACUAGCUACCCAUAAAUACCAGUCGUUUUCGUAAAUUCAUUUUGGAUCAAUCAUUAAUGCCCCGCUAUGUUAUAAUUAACGAAAGCUGGCAACAUAUUGUUGAUACUAUUGCGUGUGUGAAAAUUAAAAAAAAACCUUGAUUGUUGUCUUAGUUUCCGGAAAUGAUUAAUAAAUAAUAAAUCAAAAUAAUCAUACCUAUUCGUUUUUAUAAAAUCGUUAACGGAUACUUAUUAUUUUCUUGUAUACGAUGAUAAUAUGAGUUACAAUAAAAGAAUAAACAAAUUCAAACAUUAUAGUGAGCGAAAUAAAACAUAAAAUUUGUCGGCUGGUUCAAACUGAGAUUCUCAUAAGGGUAUUGUUGAUUUAUUACAUCUAAUUAUUACUACAUUGCUACUUUACUGCGACACGUUACAUUAUACUACGAACGGAAAGUUUGAUGCACACCGAAUUUGUUUUAUCAAUGUGAGACGAGUAUAAACUCAAAAAUAAUUCGUAUAGAUAUAUCUUAAUAUCGUUUUUUUGUAUUUCUGUAAUAACAAAAUAUCAAUAAUAUUAUAAAAUAAAA